CGCCCCAGGGCGCGCGCGUGCGCCGUUGUGGCGAAGCGGGGUGGGGCGGAGGUGUCCGCUGUAGUGGCUUCCCAGUGCGGGUUUUCUGUUGUCGCGCUCUCUACUUUGGGAGCCUUCGUGCUUUUAGCACAGGUCCAGGAACGGGAGGAACUAGUUCUGGACCUUAAGUCCUGAAUAGGCCAGUCCCCAAGUGUUAGACUGUUGGCAAGCUCAGGCUUUGCCCGGGGUCCAGCGCCUUCAUGGUCCUUCCCUAGGAACAGACCCGGAGAGGCGUGGAGGGAAGAGUGCGAGGCUUGCGGGUCAUCCACCAGGCCCACUCCGGAUUUCCAGGAAGCUCCGGAGAAGUUGUCCUCCUGACGAGUGAGGAGACCUGGUCGAACCCAGGAAGCUCCCAGGAUGGCUAUGAAGAGCGACGCCUCGACUUCUGCAGCCCCUUUGAAAGGGCUCGUGGGCCCUCUGCGGAGCAGCGAGCCCGCGCUCGCCCUCCCGGCCGUGUCACCCGCGGUGCACCUGCUGGAAGAGGCGGCCGACCUGUUGGUGGUGCACCUGGACUUCCAUGCCGCACUAGAGACUUGCGAACGAGCCUGGCAGAGCCUGGCGGAGGAGCCCGCGAGUGGCACCAUCGUGGAGGUGAAAUGCUCCCUGUGUGUCGUGGGGAUCCAGGCUCUGGCAGAAAUGGAUCGAUGGAGAGAAGCCCUGUCCUGGGUCCUCCAGUAUUAUCAGGUUCCUGAAAAGCUGCCUCCCAAAGUCCUGGAGCUGUGCAUCCUUUUGUACAGCAAAAUGAAAGAACCUGGAACUGUGCUAGGUGUGGCCGGUGCCUGGCUCCAAGACCCAGAUAACCAGGGCCUUCCUGAAUAUGGAUCAUUGGCCAAACUUCACCUGCUCCAGCUGCUGCUACCCUUGGGUCGCUUGUCAGAGGCCGAGGAGCUGGCAGUGGGCUGUGCGGCCUUCAGCGAGGAGCAGCAGGUGGAAGUGCUCCAGGCCAUCCACACAGCACGACAACAGCCCACGAAGGAGCACUCGAACCCCCAGGAGCCCCAGGAGCUGAGCCAGGAAGGUUCCUUCUCUCAUAAGUUGCUGUCACUGCUGGUGCUGCUUCGACGGCUUUGGGGCUCUGUGGUGAGCCACCUCGUCUCUCAGCCCUUCAGAAAGGGCCUCCUGGCUGCCUUGAUCCUCUGCCUCUUGGUUCUACGGUUUGACCCAGCAGCUCCUUCUUCGCUGCCCCUCCUCUACCAGCUGACCCAGCUCUUCCGCCGGAUCCAGAAUGCCACACUUUCUCGGCUCUACCCACUCACCCUCCGGGACUGAGUGGUCCUACCUGGCUGCCUCUGACAAUCCACAUCUACAGCAGCAGAAAAGUUGAGCCCAGUGGCUGGGUCCGAGAUGGCACCAUGGAAGUGGGUCCAUUCAUUCUAGAAAGAGUGACCAGGGCAGGUGAGCCGUGGCUUGCUGCCUUUGAACCCUCCCUUUGGUAUCCCUCUGUGGCCGGCCUCAAAGGGAGUGCGGGAACAGUGGUGCCUGAGGCCCAACACACAGAACACAAGUCUGACUGCCCAGGACACUGCAACAGCUCCUCAAAAAGGAGGGUUUUAGGAGCAGGAGGUAUUCUGGUUUCUUGACAAAGGCAGAGGGUGACUUUCCAGAUCGGGUGCCGAGGGACCUGGAGUUUGCAAAUGUGGUGGAGUGGCCCUUGGUCAUUUACCUCUGAAAACUGCUCCAUAGCUCAGUAUUUGAAUUUGAGUAAAACCAGAGGUCCCCACGCCCCCACAGCCCUCCCACAGAUGCUGGAAUCAGCCCACCAUCCCCCUAUUGGUCCCGUAGUGGUAGUGGGGCAAGAGGCUUUCUGCUAGAGGCAUUUUGCUGUUCAGACAGGAUGUGGCUUCUGACCCACCCAGGCUCACCAGGUGGCCACUGGGAGCAAAGUGAGCCUGCCUGACCUUAUCUCUGGGGAAUGUGAUCUUUCUGGGUUCCGCUGAGUCUUAGCUCAGUUUUCCAGCAUGCCAAGGGCCAAGCGCUACUCUGAACUGAACACAAAGCAUGUUCUGGACCCAGUGUCUUCCUACCCUACCCCACCUCCUUCUGACCUGUCCAGCCAACUGUGUCUCACCACUGUCCCUCCUUGAUUCUUUCUCUGGGUCCUAGUUGUGGUCUGUUGUUUGAAUGAUGCCCAAGUCUCUCUGCUCAUGUGGUGUGAAAAGUAGGCCAGGGUCAGGGCUGAGAGCUGAAAAUGGAACUGGGUAAUCAGGUGAGUUGCAAGAUCCAUGGGGGCUGGGGGGGUGUUUGGGUCGAAGGGACAAUCCCAGGGAGGAGGCACUGCACACACCUCAGCAUGUCUGUGUAAGAAAGUACAGAAUACUAUGGUGCCACCAGGAUGGAGGCCCUCAGUCACCGCCCACACUGGAUCUCUGACACCAGAUGGCAAGAGGGCAGAAGUUUUGCUAGCCCUUUGUUGGUUGAUAAUUAGGAACUGAGUCAACAGAGGAAACUUCACAGACACUUGGAAUUCCAUCAAAAUCCUGAAGACUUGGGAACUAGAACCAUUAUUUAUUUUUUAUUUUUUAUUUUUUGUAUGCCUUUUAAAUAGACCCUAGAUCACUGGGGAGAAAAAAGGAUUCAGGAAGGGUUGGAAUCCCUUGGCAGUGAUUCCUUCACUGUUUUUGUCCAACUUGACCCGGAACGCCUGGGCUCUAGUGCUGAACUCCACCCUCCAGCCUCUGGAACCUCUGACUCACACACCUUAUGACAAUGGUUUUGAAAUGAGGAUCUGUACAUUCACUGCUCUAGAAGAAACUCCUCAGUGGCUUCCAUGGCCUACAGGAUACAAAUCCGGAUUCUCUUUAAUAGAACCUUAGCCCAGCAUUUGCAGGUUUGGCUGGCUGACAGCUCCUUCUCCAUUUUGUCGUGUUCUCUGAGCAGGCUGCCUUCUAGCUGCCCAACCCUCCCUGUGUUGGUUUAGCUGUAACUGCUGGAGGGUCUUGUAGCAGCUCUGUUCCAGAUCCUUGGCUCUCCAGGCUCGCUCGAGGGUUACCCAGCAUUCUUUGUUUCCCAGCCCCUGUCCCCUGCCGCUCCUGCAGUAGGGGCUUGGUGGUGGUGGGACCAUUUACCUCUCUGCCAGUGCCAGUGAGGCUGUAAAGCAAGGCUGCGCAGUGUUUGAGUCGGGCACACAUUCCUGUGUGGGUGAUUGUUGGCCAGGGUUCAGCCUUCUCUGUAAGUCGGUCCUCUUCUCACAGGGCCUCUUCCAUGAGUAAAUGGGUACUUUCCACAGUUCCUGUGAGCAGUGGCUGUUCCCAGGCCCAGCUGAGCAUGGGCGGGUCCUCAAGGGGGUGAGUGGAUUGGUGGAAGAGGACAUGCGCUUCUGGUGCGAGCCGUCCUGUGCUGUGAAACCCUGAACAGACCGGCUUGUCUUUCUGCUCUCUCCCGAUGCUCUUCAUAGUCAUUCUGCUGGUGGCCCACGGGGCGGGGCUCUGGUUAUUUUUACCUGACUGCUGCGGGGCUGCCUGUACCCUAACCACCUGCCUAUCCGGUGAGGCACUCGAAUCCCAAACUGCUGCUGUUACUUUGACCUUUCCGAGGAUAGAGGCUAGUCCUCAGCUCUGGGCUUAAAGAUGUCAGAGUGAAGGGAGGGCCUUCUUGGUAGACCCAGCCCAGCGGCCACCAGCCAAAGGUGGCUUUUGAGCGUUUGAAUUGUGGCUCAUCCACGUGCACACACACACGUUUCAGCACAGUACGUGCUGUAAUCGUAAAACGUACACACUGGAUUUCAAAGACCAAGUACUAAAAAAUAAAAUGAAAGAAUGGAAAUACAAAGAUUUUUAUAUUGACUAUGUUGAAAUAAUAAUUUGGAUAUAUUGGGUUAAAUAAAAUCAAUUAAACUCA